AUGCGAAUAUCCAGUGUAGUUGAGCAUCGAACACCGCGUGUCUACGUAUGCUACUGCCUCCGCUCACUCUCACGUCCGAAUCAGACGUACAUUGGCUCGACGCCUGAUCCCAUCCGCCGCCUUCGGCAGCACAAUGGUCUUGUGAAGCAGGGUGCUUUUUACACGCGCAUGGCGCGCCCAUGGACGAUGGAUGUUGUUGUGUACGGUUUUCCGUCAAAGCUGGCUGCACUGCAAUUUGAGUGGUCCUGGCAGAAGCCACAUGCGUCGCGGCACUUGCGAGUGAUGCAUGACGACGGCACACGGCCCAACAAGUCGUCAGCCACAGCGGCUGUGUAUGCAGGACGUAGUUCCAAGCCACUGUUCCCUGCGACACGCUCUUCGGCACCAUCAUCGGCCGCAUCGCACGAUUCAGGGCUGAAUUUGAGGAAGAAAAACAGGCGCGUGAGAAUGCGCUCUAGCACCGUGCCUGAGUACAAGUUUCUUGUGCUGCGAGCACUACUGGCAUCUGAGCCUUUCUGCUUCUGGCAUCUUCACGUCGGAUUUUACUCGGAAUAUGCCUAUGGUGUAUGGCAAUUCAUGGAUCGGGCAAACCCAACGAGAUAUAGUGUCUCGCGAAUUACACGGCGACCGCUGCCGCCGUCAUACCCGCCUGUCGCGUGUGAUUUUCGUGGUGUGCAAGGCACAAACACGCCUCUUGCGCCGCCGCAGGACGCUACGGCUCAUACGCUACGGACAAGCUACCCGGUAUUGCCAGAAGCCACCACUUUGUCUGCUGCACAGAAGAAAAAGCGCUCGACAUCCGCUAGCUGCGCCCCAGAGAACGAGCAUAUGUGGGCCGAAGAGAUUCCUCAUGCUCGUGAUGCCGAAACCCUUGGUCUAACGUGGGAGCAGCUCGAGCAUGCACCUACCAUCGCGAGGAUGGAGGUUCCCGAUGGCCUAAUGCAAGCGAGCUCAGCUGCACGAGGCAGGUCGAGACGUCUGCGUUCACAUACGUCGUUCCUCGAGGCCUUGGAUCAAGAUGCAAGUGCUUUGGAAGCUCAUCUUGUGCAUGCAUCACGCAAGGACAUGUCGUCGUCGAUAUGUGGUCUAUGUGGUGGCCACAUCAAUCGACAUGUGCCGUUGUCCUACACACAUUGCCCACAUGCCUGUGACGCCGUGUUUCAUUUGACGUGCCUAGCUCGCUACUCGCUCGAGCAAGAAACACGGGCACAUGCGCGAACCUUUUGUCUUCCAACAAGUGCUUGGUGCCCCAUGUGCCAACGGCCGCCGGUGCCGUGGCCGGAGAUCGUACGUCGAGUGUUUCGUCGUGCUGAACUCAAGGUAUCUAUGUAG